AUGGUGCGCUGGAGCUGUGACAGAAAGCAGCUGCAGCUGCAAGCCUUCGCGGUGGCACAAGGCUAUGUCGCUGCCUUGCCUGACUGGCCUGUCCCUCCUGACCCAGUGACUGUAGCCAAAAAUCCUGCCGCAUGUCGUGACACUGGUGUCAUUCAGGAACAUUUCUAUGGCCACCACGAUGUUGGCUUUGUUCCUGAGCGCUACGUGUGUCAGCUCGCCGACUGCAGGCAGAGUCGCAGAGGCCGCGGGACAGCAGCAACCAGCAGACGACAGACGGCACAGCAGACGACGCAGAUCGAAGGUUGCGGGAGGCUGGAGGCGUUCCUGUCACUCGCAGAAAUGGUGUCAUUCGCCAAGUAUAGUUUGGUUCCCACGGACGAGCCCAAGGACAAUGAGCCACCCACCCAGCCAAGCUCGGGGGCCUUUGAUUACAAUUCAGCGUUCAGCUAUAAAUCUGCAUUUGACUACAGCAAAUCCCCGAGUCAGUACCAGUCGGCAUUCGACUAUGGCUAUGGUCACAGGGGUCACUCAGUGUCCCUCAAUCUUGGGGAGAAGGGCAAUGAACGGAAAAAGAAGAAAUUCGCGAACUUGAGUGUGAUGGGAUGUCUGGCAGCCACAGCUACCUGGCUCAGUUACUUCUGCAUCUGCCUCACCUUCCCAGUCACUCUUUGGUUCUGCUUCAAGAAGGUGGCCCAAUGGGAGCGCCUCAUUGUGUUCCGGCUGGGCAGACUGCGGGGGGUAUUGGGACCUGGCAUGGUGUUCAUCAUUCCAUGGCUUGACAACCACACCCAAGUGGAUAUGAGGACCAAGGCUUUCUCUGUCCCUCCACAACAGCUCAUCACUGCAGACAAUGGGAUCAUAGAAAUGGGGUGUGAAGUGAAGUACCGGAUCAGUGAUGUGCAGCGACUCACCACCUCGGUCACUUCUCCAGAACAUGGCCUUAGAUCCUUUGGCAAAACUGUCUUGCUAAAUGUUCUCACCAAAAAUACUGUCAGAGAGACAGAGAGAGACCGUCCCAUUAUUGCAGCCCAGAUCCAGAAGGAGCUGAACCUAAGAGUAUUGGAGUGGGGCAUUGAGAUAGGAGAAGUAACACUGAGCACUGUCAACAUUCUGAAGGAAGCUGAGCCCAAUAAUCCCCUGAAGCCCAUCAUGAAUUGUUUUGGAGGGAGUAGUGGAGGUGGUGGUGGUGGUGGCCAGGUGUUUGCCCCACCAGGCUCCUCUGCUACUGCUGCUGCAGCGUCCUCAGUCUUCAAUAUUCCUGGCUUGGGCAACUUUGGGGACUUUAACCUUCUUGGAGCCAACAGCUCAAAAAAGAAAUCAGAAGCUAUAGAUCAGCUGGCUGUCUCUGACAACACCCUUCAGUCAUCAUCCCACCAUAAUUGUGAAGUCACCAGCAGUCGGUCACCACAUUCAAAGCUGGGAAAGCACCUGCAGGGCCUGAUCAGUGGAGUGGGUGGUGCAGAUCUGGCUCAUGGGAUCUACAGACUACAAGUAGAGGGAACAGAAGGAGGAAUCUUCAUAAUUUUCGUAGGCAAUGGAGUGAGGCAAGUGGUGGAGGGAGACUUACCUAAGGUCACUCCAGAUGUGGCAGUAACCAUUGCCAAGAGUGACCUGAUGGCAAUCCUGGAGGGUUCAUUGGCACCCCUACAAGCAUACCUCUCAGGACACCUCACAGUGCAGGGGAAUGUCCAGAUGCUCAUGGGUCUUGAGUCACUACGUCAGGGCAACAAAGAGAAGGAUGUAGAUGAUAUUUUUAUUGUCUAAAGCCAGGAUUUUGAAGAGAAAGUAAGAAAGGGACCACCUCUAAGGUGAGAAGAUAGAGUAGGAAAUGUUUGGAGAUAUAAAUAUGAAAGAGGAGUGAAUGGACUGGUACCAGUCAUAGAUUUAUAAUGUCUGGCUGAGCAUAAGUAGGACGUUUUUUAUAGCCAGCUUAUAGGAAGCUCCAGAUUCCUGGGAAUGAGGCAUCAAAGAAAUACAUAACACUAUUAGGACACUGGACUGUCUGAAACCAUGUUAAUGCAUUUUCAACUUUUAACAAAUUUUUGUUUUGGCCAAAAAUAUCAUAUGGAAGGUUAACAGGCAGUGGAAAACAUCAACAUUCAUGCACAUACCAUCAACUAUUUUUUUUAUUGAAAGUGUCACUUUAUAAAAAUAUCUGACCACCACCACUGCAGGUAGAAGCCAUCCAGAGUUCCAUGAAAUAAGCCCCCAGGGUUAACUAUAUAGUCUGCAGAAAAACCUAAAAGCUUUAUAUUUUAAGAACUAUAUUAAAAACUUUUUACAGUGUCAGUGUCAAAUUGAGGCUCGUAAGGGCAAUGUUGCUGCUCUUUGUGUUAAAUAUUGUUUUAGCCUCAGAACUUCACCUUUUAAAAAGUUUACCCAAUUUUUUAUUACUAGCAAAAUGUAGAGUGCUUAACAAAAUGAUUGUGUCCUGAGGAAAGUGCUAAGACAUAAUGGCAUUAAGUUUUGUUCAUUGUAUUCUUUAGAUAGUGCUAUUGGUUCUGUCAUGUGUGAGCCUGCUUCAGUUCGCAUAGUUGUGACAGGGUUUUAAGGUAUUACAUAUUUAUAUUAAGUAAGGCUUCUACCAGUUGAAACCUAUAGACAAAAUAAUGAAGUAGGUAAAUGACAAACUAGUAAAUAAGUGAAUUGGUUGGUCUUGCAAAAUCAACAGUAUGACAGUCAGUGUUGUGCACGUCAUCAGAAACUGAUUUGCCACCCAAGCUACAGACAUAGAGGAUGAUUGAUAAUCUUUCAUUUGUCUGUCACAAGGACAAAAAAAAAAAAAAAAAAAUUCCAGGGAUAACUUUUUCAGGCAAUUCAAACCACCACUUUCCUUCUGCACUGUCAACUUUGGUAUAUCAAUCAACUCAUUGAUUGCACUGUCAAUUUUGGUAUAUCAAUCAACUCAUUGAUUGCACUGUCAACUUUGGUAUAUCAAUCAACUCAUUGAUUGCACUGUCAACUUUGGUAUAUCAAUCAACUCAUUGAUUCCUUGGUUGUGUCCAACUCCUUACAAGCAAUUUUUUGGCCAAUCACGUCUGUGUGGUUUUAAUUGGUACAGGCCGUAUAAAACCUUCAAAUCCACACAAAUUAGCCACAAGUCUAUAAAUUCUGCAUUAAUUCUACCAGGCUCGCACAUGGGAGGGACAAGAUAGAAGCAGCAGUGGUGGAUGUCUGUGUGCAGCUAAUGAUGUGCUGGCUGGCUAAGGCUGCCUGUAGGUUUUAUAGUGGCACCAAGAUUGUCUUGCAUACUUUCAAGGACACUAUUCAUAAAAUUUGCCUUAACGUCUCAACACUCACUAGGCUGCCAAAUUUAUCUUUGUUGAGCACUGAAAAUUCUUUAUUGAAUGGUAAACAAAUUUCACAUGUCGCAAGAAACAUGCAAUAACAUUUCCGAAUUGUACACUUGCAGGUGAAUAAUUGUGGACACUUAAGAAUUGAAUUCUUAUUAAAAGAUAUUCUUAAUUAUUUAUCAAUGCCUCACAAGAUUAGGUUAUGUACAUCUUAUUUACUGUGAUAUUUCCUUCCUUCUAUAUUCCUCAUUUAUUUUUGUGAGCUCUACCUUUUAACUUAUGUAAUGUUUAUUCGAUCAUGUUGGGACUAGCUAGUUGUAGAUCACGUUUGGAAUUAUCAAAUGGCGAAACAUGUGUACGGACAUAAAUGUACAUGCCCAUGCAAUCCACUAUUUUUAGCCCACCUUUGACAAGGCAGAGAUUGAGAACUAGGAGACUUUAAAGAUGGAAGCCCAUGCCAGUUAUCACUGGAGCAAUAUAUACAUGCUUGAACACACUCCUCAUGAACCAUGUUGAUGAUAUUUCACUGCUGAAUAUAAUACCAAGCACGUCUGCAUGCCCACACACUGAAAACAUUUGAGUGAAUAUAAUCAAUAAUAUUUGAUUAUAUUUUCAGGUAUGUAUCUGAUGUGUAAAUGUAACAGAUAAAGUCUGUCAUAUGUAAUACAUGACUGCUUAGUAUUAUAUUCAGCAGUAUUACAUAUUCACCACACUGCAAAGCCAACAAAUUAUUCACAAGGAGUGUUACAGCAUGUACGUGUUGCCUGUGGUAGCUGAUGUGGGCUUUUGUCUAGAAAUGCCCCCAGUUCUGAACCCUUGCUUCAUCAAAGGUGGGCUAGAAGUUGUGGAGUGCAUGUGCACAUUAGCCAUGUAUUGCAGUCAAAGAAAUUAAUUUGGCUACGAUGUCUUUGGUGAACCAGGCUAUGUGCAGGCUCAGGAACAGUUCUAGUGUGACUUGAAGAUGCCUUGGUUUUAGUUCCUAGGCAGAGCUGCCAAAGCAGCAGCAUAAUCAUUAAGUGCAAGUGUCAUAUGCAGAAAGUUCCUCCAUGUUUUCCCAAGGAUUUAUACAUACUAUUAUGUUUCAUCCUCACAUCUAAGGUGCACCUCCCAAUUAUGCACUGAAGUGGUACACAAAAUUUUAUAUAUUCUCAAUCUGCAAAUCUACUUAGCAACAUCCUCUAAAUAUUCAACAACUAGACUUUCAGACACCAAAGUUUUACCAUGGAUGCUUUCAUCUCGUAUUUGUUCACCUGCUUACUUUGCACAGACAAUUAAAUUACAAUUCAAAAUGGAGGCAUCCUUUUGCCAUUCCAAGAUGUAAUGUUACAAUGGGCAUCUUGAUUUCUGAGCUUAAAAACAAUUAUAUCUGCAUCUUGAUAGCAAAGCCAUCACUAAUUGUUCCUGAGGUUCCCUGUGCAAAAUGAUGUGCUCUCAUUUCAAUAAGCCAAUUUUGUUACAAAUCUCCAAGCAAAAAUAUAGCAUCACAGUUCACAAGAGACAGUCACAAUCAAGGCUUGAUCCCUGAACUCAAAAAACACCUUCAUACAAUCUUCUAAAACACAAAUAGUUAGGUUUUUUUUUAAUUAACAUUGCUUGUGUAGUGAGUUCUUGUGUAGUGGACUGAAAAAUCUAAAAGUAGGACUUUUGAGAUGUACAAAAUAAUGUAACUAUUCUUAAUUACAAGGCAAUACAUAUACAGCACUGUAUAAGUGUACUAUCCUCUGAAGAAUAUGAAAAUGCAGCAUAAAUGUAACAAUAAAUCAGUACAUUUACUGAAAUGCUUCAUCUAAGGAUGUUUCAUAAGAAGAAAUUGUAAAAAUCUUGCAAUUUGAAAAAGUGACAAGGUAGGGUAUUUCUAACAGUGAGUUCCACAUCUUCCCACAAUGCCAACCUCAAAGUUUAUUUUUCCCCCCGUUUUAUGUCUGGUUCUCCCUAGAUGAUAAGGGACAGGACAGUGCCUCCUAAUGAAGGACUUUGGUUUUUGGCAACCAUUACCCAAAGUGGAUGCCCUUCCUACCCUCAGACUGUGGCCAAGAUUCAAACCCAUGGACUGGAGGGCUCCUCAGUACCCCAGAGCAUACACAGUCCCUCUGUACCACAGCAGGUCUUAUGCCACCCUCAUUGUAAUGAACACUAAUAUUGGGAAUAUCAAAUACCUUGCAAACAAUCUUUGGAUUUUAUGAACUCUAGAUAUUAUCAUGUGACACUGCCAGUCAGUUGUUGAUAAUUCAACAUGCAGAACACAAAACCAGCUCUAUAUUAUUCCUGCAUUAACUUCAUCAUUUCCCAGUAGAGGAAGUAUCAUAGGGCAUUUUCACCUUAAAACUAUGUCAUUUUAAGUAAGUUUCAAAUUUCUUACUCAUUGAUUGAUUUCAGCUUGCCUGCAUAAUUCUAAGGGUUUCUGUUGCCCAGAUUCUCAAUUUGAUACAAUUUGAUGCCCCAAGCCUGGGGUUAAUUUGGAAAGAAAGUUUUGAUAUGUUUUGAUGACAUCUCAAUUGUAAGCAAGACAUACAUAAUCUUUCUGAAACACAUCAACACUAGCCAUAUACAGUAUAUACAACACACGGUCAUUAUAAUGUACAACUGCAGUAAUGCAUCAAAAUUUUAAUAAAUACAUUUAAUUGAAAUAACAAACCAAAACUGGCAUAACAAACUUGCCACUCAUGCAAGCUCUGAAACUUUAAUAAAAUUAUUAAUCUAAUUGGAAUAACUAACUAACCAAAAAUAGCAAGCCAAACUUGCUGGCACUGAAAUUUUAAUAAAAAUUUAAUCAGAAUAACAAACUGUGCGAGCCACUGCUCAUCUAUCUGCCACCUGUCCCUUCCUCCCUUUUUUCCAUUCCCCUCCCUUCUCUCUCUCUCUCUCUCUCUCUCUCUCUCUCUCUCUCUCUCUCUCUCUCUCUCUCUCUCUCUCUCUCUCUCUCUCUCUCUCUCUCUCUCUCAUUUUAUGUCAUUUUCACUUCAUCAUUUCUCACUGUCAUAUACAUAAUUCCAUUUUCAUUCUCAAUCAGUCUCAUUCUACUUAGCAUCCUUAGGAUUGUUCUUUCACAGAGAGAGAGAGAGAGAGAGAGAGAGAGAGAGAGAGAGAGAGAGAGAGAGAGAGAGAGAGAGACUUUGAUUUAGAUGGGAUUUACUGUAUGUAUACGCAUGACCCUGACCGUAGAUAAAUGUGACCCAUACUUGUCAAAGUAUGGGUCACAUAUGGGUCAGAGUGAUAAUGUGCAAAACUUGGGAUGGCAAGAAUUUGGGACUAAGCAUGAAACUCGGGAGGGUACUGUAUAUGUUUGUAGUGUUAUCUCAAAUUUAGUAGUGCAAAUGUGCUCAUUUUGAUGUUUUUUUUUUUCAAAAAUUGUGAUAUAUAUAUAUAUUCUGGUUCCCUGGAAACAAUUUUUUCCCAUGGGUUCUUCAGUUCCCAUAAUGCACAUUUAUCAUAACUAACACUAUGCUGGAAUGAAUCAACUUUGUUGUUGCGUACUCUACUGUAAUUUUUGUUUUAUUAUCUUUUUUUUUUUUUUGGUAUUCAAAUUUCUCAGAUUUAAAUGCUUAACAAGUACUGACAUGUUAUCACAUGAGAGGCAUAUUAGAGUUGUUAACAAGCAGGUACAAUGUAUCAAAUAUGAUAAUACAUAGACUUCAUUUUUCUUUCUCUCUCUCUCUCUUUCUCCUGAAAGUGUAUUGCCUUUGCACCAAUAUAAAGUUGACAGUAUAAUGUGGAAGGUGCAACAUCAAAGAUAUUAAGGAGAAACACAUGUUGGAAGGUGAGUUUAUUCCCAACUAGUUGGGAAUAAACUCACCUCUGAACACCUGUGUGUCUUCUCAACUCCAACUUGUCUGAAUGACUGAACAAAGAUAUUAAGGUUCAUUUACUUUUCUUCAUGAAUUGACCAUUGAUUGGAAUAAAACUUUUGUCCAUGCAUGUUUGGAUAAACAAAUCUGUGCUGUCCUAUGCUUUAUGAUAAGUAUAUCAUUUUACAGGCUUGACUGAUUAUAAUUGCAUAACAUAUGAUUGCAGUUCUGUAGUAGUAAUUACAAUGAGCUGAUCUCAUUCCACUAAUGUUGUUAUUAAGAUUUAAGUGACUUCUGUUACUUAAGUGUUCUGUAACCUUGUGUAACAUUUUUUUUACCUUCAGUUGUAUAUGUGCUUCCAUAUUCCACAAUGACACACAAAUGUUACUUACUUGCUUAAGUAAACAAGUCAUUACUAUCA